AUGCCGUGCAAAACGGUAGUGAGUGAACUCAGCGGGUCAGAAAUGGAGGAGCUUGAGCCUUGCCAAAAGCAGCCGAAGGCCCGGGUUCCAGUGGCAAAACGCCGCCCUGCUGCAGCCAUCAAGCGAGGUGGGAAGGGCAAGUGCAAGCGAGCAACUGCCAGAUCUGUCCGCAAACCAUCUUUGAAGAAAGACAAGUUUGUGGAAGUUGUUUUUCUUCCAGCGCGCCCUGACAAGCCUUUGCCGGCCUGUGGGUGGGCCCGCAGCAAACCUGAUGGCAAGAUUUGGUUUGCCCCUUACAACGCGAAUUUUGCCAAGACCCAGCCUUUGAACUUGAAGGUAGUGCAACGCACCAAGCAGACCGAGAAGAAGGACGGCACCAAGGUCUUUAGUGGCACCAAGAUUUUCAAAGCUUGGUCAUGCAUGAGGUGUUUCUCCAGCACAACCUCGGCUACAAAGAGUUUGGUAUCAACGCGUGGGGUGAGUGAUUUGAGCAACCAGGUCAAGUGCAGUACUGCCUACCGCCAUGACUGCCAGAAAUUUGGAGUCAACCCCAAACUUGGCCGCCACUUAGACCCAACGGUGGCAGAGUGGUUUGGAGGUCUUCCGGCCAACUGGACGGAUCCUACUCCAGGGGCAGUGAGCCAUCGUGUGUUUGAUGCCAUGUUUCCCGGAGCCAGAACCACCAAGGAUGGGAAACUGCCCGUCAUUUCUUUGUUCACUGGCAUAGCUGGCCUGGAGAUUGGAUUACACCCGUGGGUUUAUGCAACGAAGUACGUUGAGUGCAAUCCCAGUUGCAUUGCUGUGUUGAAGGCACGCCAAGCGGAUGGCCUCCUUCAUCAGGGGGAGGUCGUUGAAGAUGUCCGAGGCUUCUCUGCCAAGGGCUCGGGGGCUUGUGGUUUGACCGCAGGCUUUCCGUGCCAAGGAGUGUCUGCUGCCGGAUCGCAGGAGGGUUUGGCUGAUAGCAGAAGUGGGUUGAUCGAGAUGGUUUUCAAAGUUUGGGAUUCGAUGGAUCCUGAUUGCAGGUGCUUUAUGAUACUGGAAAACGUGAUGGCGUUGCUUUCGUGCAACGAGAACACCAGGGCGCUGAUGGCAUACGUGGUCGAGGCUGCGUUGUUUGCAGAGAUUCCCUUGGACCCGUCUCUUGGCCGUGCAGCUACACAAGCCAGAGGUGCGGCUCCAGUGGCGGAAGCCGCAGGCGCAGCUCCAGAGGCAAAUGCUGCAGCUGAGGGAGAUGGUUUGUCAGCAAGCGAGGAUCCUGAAGAGGUGCGCCUCCUUAAUGAGGCGCUGGAAGUGAGUGAGGGCCUUGACUUUAACAUCGCCGAAGGCGGUGAAGAGGAAGCCAAGGAGACCGAUGAGGCCGUUGAUGUGUCGUAG